AUGUCACUGGAUCAAGGAUCAAACUUGUCUCUUAGAGACCAAUGGGCCAGCCAGCACGCCGUCCGAGGGAUCAAGGAGGAGUUUGUGCGAUUGCGGAGCGACAAUAUAAGGCAUGAACCAUCACUGCCGGAAGAUCCCCGCAUGUUUGAUAUUGAGGAUCCGUAUUUACCGCCUGCUCCGAAACCUCACGAUACACCCAAGGUCCCUCCAAAAGAACGUUUAGUUAUUCCCCUUGGCAUUGUUGGAGCCGGAGUCGCUGGCCUUUUCGCCGCAAAGGUGCUCGACUACCUCAACUGGAAAUUGUUCCACAUGGCCGCCAAGAGCGGCGGAUCGCAAAGCGGCAGCCCGACCAACAUGGACGAAUUCCAACGCCAAUACGACCUUGUUGAACGGUUUCCAAACACGCUGUGUUUUACAUAUACCAUUCAUGAGGCUGCUCAACACGACAGGGUUGGCGGCCGCCUAUACACGCAUAAUUUCGGGGGGCCGAGAAAGGCUCAUGAUUACUACGACGUGGGUGCCAUGAGAUUUCCAGACAACCCCGUCAUGGCGCGAACGUUUGCCCUCUUCAAGACGCUCGGCAUGAAGAUGACGGAUUUGAAAACACACCCAGACGCUCCCGAUGGAUCCAUCAUUCCGUAUUAUAUGACGAAUGGCGACGAGCAUUCACGUACCGUUGAGCCGUGGUGUUUCAACGACAUUACUCUAUGGGGAACGUAUAGCUCCAUCGUGAGUGAUGAUAGUGAUCCGUUCAAGAUUUCAACCGACAACACCAUACCCAAAAUACUCCUCAAAAAUCCUCCCGACCAAGUCAUGAAUGCGAGCAUUGAGCCCUUGAGAGAGGCCCUCAGGCGCGAUGCUAAGCAGGACCCUCCCGGCCGUGAAGGAUGGAAUCUCCUCAUGCAGUAUGAUAAAUUCAGCACGCGCCAAUUCUUGGGAAUCGGCGGUUCAAAACCAAGCCCGGGCAGCCCUAUCCCACCACCGCCAUACAACUAUGAAACCAUUGAGUGGAUGGAAACGUUCAACGGAGGGACCAAUUGGUACGACCAAGCCUUCAGCGAGACUGUUCUGGAAUCGUUGGAUUUCGAAUACGACACCCAGCACAAGGACUGGUUCUGCAUCCUAGGCGGCGCCCAGCAGCUGUCCAAAAUCCUAGAGAGCAAGAUUACACGAAAGCCUCAUUACGGAAACAGGGUGACCAAAAUCACGGCCAAGGGGCCGAUGGAGGUGGAAAUCCAAGUUGACACGCCACACGGCAAGAAGACGAAGUGCCAGUACAAGGGGCUCGUCAACACGACAACGCUCGGCUGCAUGCGGCAGAUGGACAUCAGCCGCGCCGGACUCAACUACGCCACCAAGCAGGCCCUCCGGUCCCUCGGGUACGGCCCGUCGUCCAAGGUGGCCAUCAAGUUCAAGCGCGCGUGGUGGAUUCACGAUCUCGGGACGCACGGCAUCAAGAUGGGCGGCCUGGGCUACUCGGACCUCAGCAUCCGCACGUGCGUGUAUCCCUCGUACAACAUUUACGACGACGCGGACGGCACCGCCGUGCUCCUCUGCUCCUACACCUGGCAGCAGGACGCGGAGCGCAUCGGCGCACUCCUAUCCAGCCACCCCGAGCCGGAGAAAAAGGUGGCAGAGGAGGCGGAGCUAAAGGAGCUGCUUCUUCGCGAUCUGGCGCGCCUGCAUAGGAGUGAACACAUGCCCGAGGAAGAGCUGUAUAAGCUCGUCAAGGACAACUACAUUACUCACCAUGCUCACGCCUGGGGCAGCGACCCCAACACGGCUGGGGCAUUCGCCUUUUUCCGCCCCCAGCAGUUCACCAAGAUGUGGAACAAGAUGAUCCAUCCCUCGGGAGACGUUGUAAUUGCUGGCGAGGCCGCUAGCCCGCAUCACGCGUGGGUCGUGGGCGCCCUCGAGAGUGUCAUUCACGGCCUGCACGCCUGGAUGGCGGAGAAUGUCUCCCUCGUGCCUGCGCUUUCGUUCGCCAUGGCGAUUUUGGAGAGAAACGAGCCGGGCAAUCCGUUUGUCGGGCUGCCGCCGUACAUGACGCCUGACAUUUCCAAGUGGCAGGGGGACCUGGGGCGGCGCCACAGGUCGCGAUGUCUGGAUCCGACCAGGAAACCUGGUGGUGUUUGA